AUGAGCAGAACGCACCUUAUUUGGUUGCACUGCGUCAUGCCUCUGAUCCAUGUGAUCCUGUGCAAGCAAAAUCUAACUGUAGCGGAGGACCUUCUGUCCGAUCCGGCUACAUGGAAGCUGGCGAUACAACGUGCGCGAAGCUUGGUUCUGCUCGCUUUCAACGCUUCUUGGCAAGCGUCAACUACUGCCCUCCUGGGUUCUACCCCAGUACUUCCUUACACCUCUUCUGAAGCAUCUAUGGCUGCUUUUGCCAAGGAAGCUCUCGAGCUGAUACACGCCUUGCAAGGCCUUCGCACAUCAAGUGGUUAUGACUACCUGUUGACUUUCGAAGACGAACGUACACUGAUAUGGCCAUCUAAUUGGUCUGCCGGCAAAGUUCUCUUCGUCCUGACACGAUACCUGCCCUUUGUAGAUUUGUCAAUAACUGCCUCACAUCACUUCAGGACUGGUUUGACUCCUGAAGAAUGUUCACUUGCAUACAAGAGUGCGGCAUGGCUAAUCAAUAUAGGAAUCAUAAUUGCGGAACUGAUUCUUGUUCUCCGGACAUGGGCGAUAUGGGAGAAGAAACGGGUCGUGCUCGUAUUACUUAUAGCAUGGGGCGUAGCAAAUUUGGUUCCUGACUUGGCGACCAUGGCACUCUUCUUACAAUCGAUUGAAUUCACACCUCUACCAGGAGGGCUUCGUGGUUGCCUAAUUACUUCAGGAAACACUCUGCUCAUCGGCGACUGGAUUAUCUUGAUGAUCUAUGAAUCUAUUCUUCUCUUACUUCUAGUGAUUAAGGGCAUCCAAAUGUACAAGGAACUUGGAAAAUCGUCUCUCUACCUAGCAUUAUUCAGGGAUGGCGCAGUUUUCUACGUGUACAUUUUCACCCUAUCGGUGACGAAUGUGAUUAUAAUAUCCACCCUUUCUGCACAUGACAAGUCCAAGUUGGGCAUGCUUGCAAGCAUGGAGCGAGUCACACACUCAAUCCUGACAGGACGUCUGCUCCUCACUCUGAACAAAGCAAACAAAACCGAUUCGUCUCAUGUUACUGUUGAUUUGCAAAGUAUGCAAUUCGAAGGAAAUCCGAGAGGAUUGGAGGAUAGUGAAGCUGGGAUUGAGAGCGAGGCCCUUAUGUCUAUGUCUGCAAUCGGGCCACUUGAAGGGACAGGAAUGUUGACUUCUGUGGACGCUUCAGCGACGGAAUCUCAGCCUUACUAGCUUGCAACUGAGGUGAAUAUAAUGUCAAUUUGAACUAGGGAUUCCAAGUGAUUUUU